CAGCGCCUUAGCCCCUGGUGGGCUCGGCGGCUGCCUGGCCAGUCCCCGUUUGCCCCUGGCCCUUUCCUUCCUGGACCCAGCGCCAACCAGCGACCCUUUCUCGCCCACCAUCACGCCCACCACCGCAGCGGGCAAUGGCAGCCUCGCAGCGGGCAAUGGCAGCCUCGCAGCAGACAAUGGCAGCAGCCUCGGCUUCGCAACAGCCCAUGAAGGGGAUCCUGAAGAACAAGAGUUCUAUGGCUUGCUCUCUGGUGCCCUCGAGUGUACAGCAGCGGCACAAGAGUUCCGACGUACUGAGUAAAAAAUCCCAGAAGUGGGAUGAAAUGAACAUCCUGGCGACAUAUUAUAUAGAAGACGAAGAUAUAAUUAAAGUAGACGAACCAAGCACUCCAGACAAUAGCAUAGAAAGUGAUGAUGAGGAUGUAUUGGGUGAUUCAGAAACCAUUGAAGCCCUGAACCCAGACACGUUAGCUAAGAAAUUAGCUGCUGCCAAAGGCUCAAAGCCAAAGUAUCUGAUUCAUGAACAAGAAAGCAGUGGAGACGAAGACAAUGACCUCUCAAAUGAAGGUAAAAAGUCUUUAUUGACUACCUGCUGUUUAUUCUUUUUCAAGUGCUCUGUAGGAAAUGAGCAGGGGGGAGAAAAGACCCAGCUUCAGAGAAUUCCCAGACCAGCUAGUGAAAAACAGCUCGAGUUUGAAAUGAAAAGGAAGCUUCAUGACAAUGAAGGACUUAAUCUUAAAUUAGCGAGGCAAUUAAUUUCAAAAGAACUAAUGGAUGAUGAGGAAGAUGAAGAAAUAUCAACGCCUGCAGCUGGAGAAAAUAUGAAGAUGGGAGAAUCAAAUCAAGGAUCUACUAAAAGUGACCAACUGCAAAACAAAUCACAGAGUUCAUAGAAGAGAUUUGUUCAACACUCGUGAUCGUCUGAUACAAACCCUAUUACUAUAUCAUACUGCUUCCUGUUCUCUACAAUUCAUGACUUAAGUAUCAAAAUGCACACCAAUUAUUAUAUAAUGCCAACAAUUAAAUGACUUUAGAGACUAAUUAGACUGAAAAUGCCUAAUUGAUACACAUAUUCUUGUGCCUAGUACUCACCACAAAUACAGCAUAAUAUCCGUCCAAAACUGUACUGCUUCUGUAAGAACACUCGUUAAUUUGCAUAAGAUAUUAUAUAGCUUUUGAUGCUUUACAGGUUAAACAAUAUCUUGGGGAGGGGGAGGGCAUCUAAUUUAUUUUCUUCUAGAUGUAAUAGCUUUUAUAAA